GCCAACCUCCGGUCCUCACAGCUCCCCCACUGAUCGAGCCACCCACAUCUCAUAGGAACCCUACAGGGACCCUCACAAACCCAGACACCUACGGUUGUCCCCACAGAUGUCAACAGACUACCCAAACACUCUCACAGAGGUCCCGCAAACCCCUUUAGAAGAAGUGAGCCCUCUAGGCUCGACCCCUCUGGAUCCAAUGCAGCCUCCUCUGCAGACCAGUGCUGUUGCCACGGAGAUUUCUGGGCGUUCCGGUUGCCCUGGUGACGGAUCCCUCCUCUCCCGGCCUGGGUUCCAGAGGUUUCGGUCAAGAUCCUCCCUCAUUGGCCGGCCCGGAACCCCUCAUCCCUCUCCCUCCCACCCUUCGCCAGAUCUGGCCAGAGUUCCUUUGCGAAUUCCUACAGGUGUCCAACUUCCCUGCCCAAGUGGUAGACUUGAAGGCAAGACCUCUCACUACAUGCAAGGCGGGUCUCAUCCAAGAGCCUUCCAUCCCUCACUUAACAUUUCUUCUUCCCACCUUCAGACGAGAUCCUGACCUAAGGACUUGUAACAGCCAAGCCAAAGCCCAGAGAUGGAAGCAGACAAGGUCACAGAAGAGCCUCAUACCACCAUGGAUGCAGAGGAGCACCCCUCUUCAAAGGACCCCUCUGCUGAGGACUUACAGGAUCUCCCCAACCCUGAAACACCUUUGGAGCUUUCCAUCUCUGAGACCGCUUUAGAGCCUCUUACCUCUGAAACCCCUUUGGAGACUUCCAUCCCUGAGACUCCCUUAGAGACCCACACCUCUGAAACUCCUUUGGAACCUUCCAUCUCUGAGACCCCCUUAGAGCCUGACACCUCUGAAUCUCAUGUGGUACCAUCUACUUCCCAAGCCCCUUUAGAGACCCACACCUCUAAACACCUUUUGGAGCCUUUCAUCCCUGAGACCUCUGUAGGAUACUCUGAGAUCCCUUUGGAAACCCCCAUCCCCGAGGCCCUAUUGGACACACACAUCUUUAAGGUCCAAAAGAAACACCUUUCUUUGCAUUCCUCAUCACAAGACCAUGUCCCUUUAUCUUCCCCUGAUACUCUGAAGGAAGACCUCUCUGAGUAUUCUUCCAGUGAGGCCUCGUGGACAAGGAGGGCCAUCCAAAUCUCUGAGAUCCUUCAAAAGCACUCCCUUUCAAGCCCUUCAGAUCCAGUCCACCUGGAUACAUCUGCAAAGGAAAAGGAAGAGGAAGGAGAGGACAUGGAGCAGGUGGAUGCCACUGACAGCACCGCACACACCGCUCAGCCUGGACACCAGCUGGGCAAGAAGAAGGGGAAGAAAGGAGUUAGCCAUUAUACAGUCCACCCAGUGGUCCCUGCUAAGCAGGUAGAGCUGAUAGAAGUGGCUAAGGCAAUGCACAGAGACAAGUUUUGUGCUCAGGUGAAUCAUCUUUUCCAAUGGGACAAGAAUGCAGCCCUGAAUGCCAUCCAGACAGGUCUCUACAUCGGCUGGCGUUGUCCCCAUUAUCUAUGGGACUGUUUCCAGAUUGGAGAUGAGUCCAAAUGCUUUUGUGGACACUUGUUGAGAGAACACCAGAUCAUCUCAGACAUAUCCGUGCCCUGCAAUGUAGGCCAGUGCCGCUGCCUCAUGUUCUGCUUUAUCCCUUCUCGCCCAGAGGAGGUGGGUGAGUUCUGGCUCAAAAGACGAGCUACCUUUGACCCCAAGGCCUGGAGGGCCCAAUGUCGUUGCAAACACAGUCAUGAAGACCACGCAGCUACUGGGUCCCAUCCCUGCAGGAUAAAAGGUUGUUGCUGUAACUGCUUUGAGUCUAAUUUCCUCUGUGCGGCCUGCGACCGGCGCUGGGAGGAACAUGAGACUUUCUUUGAGACUGAGGAGACCCGGCGACGAGGAGGAAGGCCUCAUGGAGCAAAUUACAUGCCUUUUGCAGAGAUGCCUACCCUCCAAGAAGCCAUCGUCAGCAACUCUGACUCUGAGGCUCUACAAAAUCAGGGGCCCUCUGGCCGUCCUGGCUCCCACGCCAGACCCCCUGGGCUUCCUGGCCCACAUAGCCUCUGGCCUGGCCCUAUGUCUGGCCCCCAUACCUGACUCUUUCACCUCUGCUUUUCCCUCCUCCAGGGACAGACACUGUCAACACUUGGCGCAG